UUGAAAUGAUCGUUUUAGAAAUACUAUGAACAUUUCUUCGUUAGAAAAUGUUCAUGGUACAAAAGUUAUAAAAUUUUCUUGUAAAACAAUAUACAUGAUUUUGACAAUUUGAUUCGAAUGAAAUUGAUAUUUUUAAAUGACAAUACACUGAUCAUUGCUGUCAUCAAAAUUUUGUAUCUUGGAUAUUUUUCAAUUUUUCUAGAUAGCAUGAUUUGACAAUAUGGUUUUAAAAGCUGCAGUACAGGCUCUCAAGAAGGCGGAUGUAUUGAAAGCCCAAGCAGCUCAUGCGAAUGCAACUUUACAAAAUGAUAAAGGGAAUUGUACGAAUGUACUGUUGAAUGAUUCGACAACAUGGAGUACACGACAAGAAUUAACAAAUGCCUUACAUCAAGUGCUUGUCUUGGAUUUAGAUUAUGCCUUGGAUCAGAAAGUUGAACAGGAACUGUGGACACACGGAUUUAAAAAUUAUAUUGCGACUCUACAACUUCUUUCUCGAGAUAAAAAGAAUCCUAAGCGGGCUGAACUUCAAGCGUUAUUGGCAUGGUGUUUAGAAUCAGCAACUGGUUUUUAUUUAACCUUAUUUCAAGAACUAUGUGAGGCCUUUCAAUUGGAUUUACCAUUUCGUCGACGUGGUGUUGCUUAUGGAAGUUUAGUUGGCCGAUCUAUUGAUCAACCAGUGAUUCCACCUCAACGAUCAUCUUGUUUGUAUAUUUGUCAGUAUUGUCUUGUACAUCUUGGAGAUAUUGCACGUUAUAGAAACCAAAGAAAACAAGCAGAAAGUUUUUACAAGCAAGCAAUUUUGCUAUCACCAAGUAGCGGUCAACCUUACAAUCAACUAGCUUUACUUCAAGCAAGUAGAGGCGAUCGUUUAUCAACAGUAUUUUAUUACAUAAGAAGUGUAUCGUUAACGCAUCCAUUCCCACCAGCUGCAACAAAUUUAACAAAAACUUUAGAAAUGGCGAUUAAUGAUUCAUCUAAUUCUGAAUCUCGUACAAAAAUGUCUGUAACUGAAUAUACAACCCAAUUUUUAAACUUACAUGGACUUUUACAAACUGGCAGUGAAUUAAAUAAAGCUGAAAUUAUGGUUAAAAAUUUAACAUCAACCUUAACAGCAUUAGCCGCUACAGAAAGUUUCAGUUGUCAUCGACUCCUACAAAUGCUUGCCAUCAAUUUUUAUUCGUUGAAGGAAGCCACAGAAAAUUUUACUGAAGAUCAACUAUCAAUCGAUGAGAAACGUAUUAAAAAUUUGGUUUUAGAUUUGAUUGCAGGAUUUUUUAAUGCAUUUUUGUUACCAGUUUAUACAUUACAGUCUUCAAAUCUUUUAGAAUAUCAUUCCUUACCAGCAAUUAAACUGAUUUUGGAAUGGAUAAAGUUAGAUCCAAAACAUUUAGAAAGCAACGAAUUUGCAUCCAGACUACAAAUAUGGCCAAGUUUAUGCUUGCUGUUAAAUUCAAUUCAACCAUUAAUUAAAGAUUUUGAAGAAAAGAAAUAUACACAAAUUCCACUUCCUGAAGAUCGCGAUUUGCAAGGAUUUUUACCAUUAGAUAAAGCAUUUAAUAAAUUAGAUUUUAGCAUUGAAGAUUAUAAACAAGAAACCGAUUUAUUGAAUAAGUUACGUGCUUCACGUCUUGUUCAACUUGGGCAUUGGUUAACCACGUAUCAGUUAAAUGGAAAUUAUUUAAUUACUUCACGGUUAUCGGAUGACAAAUGCGAGUAUACAUUUGAGGCUGUCAUGAAACAAGAAGAAUCAAACGUAUCUGACCUCUUAAAAGAAUUGGAACAAAUGAAAAUUGAUAACGACAGUUCUGCGGACGUAACAUCAUCGACGAGCAAGGAAAAUAGUCAAGACGAUGAAUCAGUAUCACAAUUUUCCGUAGAACAACCAACUACAAAAGGUAUUUUAAAACCGCAAGGAUCUCUGGAACGUGCACGUGAAGAAAGAGAACAAGCGAUGUUGUUAACUUCUGCAUCGAGUGAAAAUAGUUUGUUUAGUAGUAGUAACUCUGAUACUAGCGCAUCAAAUACUACUAGUGCUGUGACCAGAGUUACGGAAAGUACGACAACUAGUAACAACAGUACUAAUAAUACAGUUCCAAGUAAACCUGGUAAAAAAGUGCGUCAAAAUGUUGCCAUGCAAGCAAUUUUGAAAAAAGUUGAAGAAAACUCCAAACAGGUGAAGUUUCAAACAGAUGAUAUUGAAGUAACAUCAGAUCGUCCUAUAAAAGAUUCUGAAAAUAUUCCAAAAGAGGACAUAGCAUCCAAGAAAGGUAUACUUUCACUUAAAAAUCAAAGUGGAUACCCUCAUUUGGUUGAAGUUGAUAAUAAUAUUCCACCAAAACAUGAAAACUAUCAACGAAAACAACAACAAUUAUCUUCCACGAAUCUAGAACAGAAACCAUCAUUUGAAAAUUUACAAUCAGCACCAAGUUUGAAUAACACUUCACAACAAUUUCCUAACACCUUACCAUCAAACAAUACAAACUUCCCAUUAAAUACGUUCCCUUCACCGCCAUACAAUAACACUCAAAAUCGUUUUCCACCACCGAAUUCCUAUCGUAAUAUUCCUGAUUUUAUAUCACAACAGCAAAAUACCCAACCACAAAAUAUGCCACCAAAUCCACAAUACUUUUUACAAAAGGAUUCUGCAUUUAAGUAUCCUCCCCCGAAUCAAGGUGGGGGUCAACCAUUUGAUUUUAAUACUCCAAUAAAUCAAAUGCCCAAUUAUUUACAACAACCUCCACCGCAAACGUUUGGUAAUCAAAAUCCUAAUAUGAUGUAUCAUCAUCCUCCAACGAAUAAUACCCCACCUCAGUAUAAUACACAGUUCCAGAAUCAAAAUCAACAAAUGUUUAGUAAAAUGUUUCCACAAAAUAAUGAUUUUGGAAUGCAUUCCAAAAAGGAUUAUCCCACUUCAAUUCCUCAAGAUAUGAAUAAACCACAGCAACCGCCCUCAUUAUUUGGCCAAUCAAUCAAUAAUUUUCAGAAAAAUAAUUUAUGGAAUAAUCAAAUUGAUAAUAAAUUACCGAUGCCUCCAAAUGGUUGGUGGCCAAAUAAUCCUCCACCAGAUCCAUCGCCAAAUCGUUAUCAAACGAAUUCAUACGAUUCAUACAAUAUACCGUUACCACAAGCCCCUCCGCCAAAUCCACAUCAAUCAACAUUUAUGCCUGAUAAUUUUAUAAAUGAUUUACCAAAACCGGGUGAUGGAUUAAUGGGACUUGGAGGACCUCCACAACAACAUCACACACCGUGGAAUACACCGAAUUUACAACAUUCUUCGCCACCUGGUGCAAAUACUACGGUUCCACCGAAUCCAUAUCAACAAAUGAUGAUGUCAAAUCAACAAAAUAUGAACAAAAAUUUACCACAUCCGAAUAUAACAAACAAUGAUCAAGGCCUUACAAUGAGACAGAAAAUUUUAAAGGAGAAUAAAAAAUUAUAUUCGAAGAAAUCGAUUGAUUCGCUAAGUGACUCAUCGUUUGAGAAUUCAAAUAUGCAAUCACAUUCAAUGUCACCACCAGGAUACUCAUUGUUCAGCUCAAAUUGGGCACCAAACUUAUCGAAUACAUCAUCGAUGAGUGCUAGUCCUACAGUUAAUAAUCAAAAUGAACCACCUCUAGCUAUAUUGGGUCAACAGUCGUUAUUCUCUGGUCCUGGACCAUCACCGUUAGAACGUCUUUUAGAACAACAAAAACAAUUACGUGGAGUUCCACCAAAAUUAAAUUAAACGUCUUCAUAUUUUAACCUUUAACUGACGACGAUAAUUACAGAAAAUAAAUUAUGCUUUUCUUGGUAAUGCAAUGUGAAUCUGAUGGCGUUAGUUAAGGGCUAAAAACGUAGUAUUUAAAAAAGCUCCUAAAUUUGAUAAUCAUUUAUAAAAUUUAAUAAAAAAAAAACAACGGUGUAUUAAAUUUAGUGAAAAUAGUAAUUAUCCAUUAUUUAGAAGUGUGAAGGGAUGUAUAGCUUUGUAAAUGAAUAGAUUUUUUUAGAUUAUUGUGAAAAUAAGCCUUUUUCAUGUAUUUAAUCAUCAGUAGCAGAUCUAGGAAAAUUAUUAUUAUUUAUUUGUUCAUCUCUUCUUUUUUUUUACUAUCAAAAAAUUUAAUGAAAGGAGUUUAAUUAUUUGUUACUGUUUAUUUUAUAUUUGAAAAUGUUAAGUUUAUUAAAAAUUAUGGUUCGUAAAUAUUUAGAAGUUUAGUUUCUAAAUCUGAUAUAGAAAAAGGUUGUAGUCACGUAUAACUAUGGAUAGAGGAGUAAGGUGAAAACGACUUCUAUGCAAUUCAAAGUUAAAAAAAUCUUAAUAACCGAUCACCCCAUAUUACGGGUAAGACUGUGAUACAACAAAUAAUUUAAAGUAUUAAUUUCAAUAUUAUUUAAUUCCAGACAAAAAUCUAGCUCAUUUUGCCUAUUUUUAUAAAUAUUAAGUGGGCUUUAUAAGUUUUUAAAACUGUGUCUUGAGACUUGAUAAUUUCUAUCUAGAUACAUUAAACACAGCGCUGGCCCUACUCCUUAAUCAAGGUAGUUUUGGGGUAUUCAAUUUUUCAAAAAUUAACUUGAAUUUCAAUAAUCAAUCAGGGUUAUGGUACGAUACGAUAAAGUAACAUAUUAACUUAAAAAUUGAUCUUAAGAUUUUCUUUAAAAAAAAACAGUUUCUUUUCUAGAUAAGCUACUGAUAUUAUUAAUAAUAAAUAAUCGUACUGAUAUAGAUAUUGUUAUUCUAAUGUUGUCCUUUGAAUUGUUUCUAUUUUGUUUUGCCGUUGACAAGUUAAUUAAUUUUUU